UAGUUCCUAAAACAAAAAAAAAACGAGAAAAAUCACAGGGAAACUACGGUGUCAAAAAGAAUUCAAUUCGAUUUAGUUGGGUCAGCAAAAUACACUCUCUUACCCGUCCGGUCGUUUCGCAUAACCACGAUGGGAAUAAUCAGUAGUAAACUGAGAGCGACUCCUCCAGCCGAGCAGGCCAACGAGGAAGUAGACGCCAAUACCAUGAAUGCAGUGAUAUCUAAGCCCAACGCCGCUUCCGUACGCAAGGCCAGCCGUAUUCCUGUGCCCAAAGCCAGCUAUAGCUACAGCUAUGUGAAGCCACGCAAGUAUAAGAGGACACUCUUGAAGAAGGAGGUCUCGGCAGGAGAUGCUAGCAAGGACAGUAUCGGCCUCAGUCCCGGCCCACUCGCCGAUGAUUCCGGCAUUGGCUUGGAUAAGUCAGCUGAUGACAGUGUGUUCUCGUUGGUUGGCUGAUCAUCUAAAGCUUAAAAUUGAGUUGCAGAAUUUACAGACUUCCGCCAUCAAUUUUAACAAAAUAAACUACGUAAAUCUAUGUAAAACCUAA